AUGCUUGAAAACUAUCAUGUUAAAGUGGGUGGUUAUUAUCCACUUUUUGUGCCAAAUGGUAAUGGUGUAGUUGAAGUUGAUGGUGUGCCAAAAGGUGAUGGUUCUGAUGGUUCUGAUGGUCCUGGUGAUGGUAUUGUUGUAGUUUUUGGUGCGCCAAAUGGUGAUGGUUCUGAUGGUCCUGGUGAUGGUCUUGUUGUGGUUUUUGGUGCGCCAAAUGGUGAUGGUUCUGAUGGUCCUGAUGGUCCUGAUGGUCCUGGUGAUGGUGUAGUGGUGGCUGUUGAAAAACUGGUACUUGUCGAAUUACCAACUAAAUUUACAGAUGGAGCGCCAAAUGGUGAUGGUUCUGAUGGUCCUGGUGAUGGUGUAGUGGUGGCUUUUGGUGCGCCAAAUGGUGAUGGCUCUGAUGGUCCUGGUGAUGGUGUAGUGGUUUUUGGUGCCCUAAAUGGUGAUGAUACUGCUGUGAAUGUUCCUGAGAGUGGUGCUGUAAAAGGAUUGGAAAAUAAAUUUGAGGAUGAGGUUGUUGAAACACUGGUACUUGUCGAAUUACCAACUAAAUUUACAGAUGGUGCGCCAAAUGGUGAUGGUUCUGAUGGUCCUGGUGAUGGUAUUGUUGUAGUUUUUGGUGCGCCAAAUGGUGAUGGUUCUGAUGGUCCUGGUGAUGGUCUUGUUGUGGUUUUUGGUGCGCCAAAUGGUGAUGGUUCUGAUGGUUCUGCUGGUCCUGAUGUUCCUGAUGGUCCUGGUGAUGGUGUAGUGGUGGUUUUUGGUGCGCCAAAUGGUGAUGAAAAUGCUGUGAAUGUUGCCGUGAGUGGUGCUGUAAAAGGAUUGGAAAAUAAAUUUGAGGAUGAGGUUGUUGAAAAACUGGUACUUGUAGAAUUACCAACUAAAUUUACAGAUGGUGAGCCAAAUGGUGAUGGUUCUGAUGGUUCUGAUGGUCCUGAUGGUCCUGAUGGUCCUGGUGAUGGUGUAGUGGUGGUUUUUGGUGCGCCAAAUGGUGAUGGUGAUGGUCCUGGUGAUGGUGUAGUGGUGAUUUUUGGUGCCCCAAAUGGUGAUGGUGAUGGUGAUGGUGAUGGGGAGCUUGUACCGGUCAAUGGUAUUGAGAAUAGUGUCGAUCUUGGUGUAGAAGCAGCUUUUGAUGGUGCAUUAAAUAUUGAUGCAGUUGCUGAUGAGGAUGUUGCCAAACUUGGGGAAUUUGUUGGGAUUUUGCAUGAUGAGGCAAUCGAGGUUGUUGUUGGAUCACCAAAUGGUGAUGAUACAGCUGUGAAUGUUCCCGAGAGUGGUUCUUUGGAGAUCCAAUUAAUUCAAAAUUUGUAG